UGGCUGCCGGCGCGGGUAUAUAAGGGCGGCGCAGGCGGUGCCCGGAUCUCUUCCGCCGCCAUUUUCUCCCCCGCACAGAUCUCCGCUGUGUCCGCCGCUUGCCUAAAACCUUCUCGUCGCCCUCGCCCCGCCAUGGAGGACGCGACCGAGAUGAGCGGCGGCCCGGAGGAGUUCGCCGAGGGCUCCAAGAUCAACGCGAGCAAGAACCAGCAGGACGACGGGAAAAUGUUUAUUGGAGGCCUCAGUUGGGACACCAGCAAGAAGGACUUGACCGAGUAUCUCUCUCGGUUUGGUGAGGUUGUGGAUUGUACGAUUAAAACAGACCCAGUCACUGGGAGGUCGAGGGGGUUUGGGUUCGUGCUCUUCAAGGAUGCUGCCAGCGUGGAGAAGGUGUUGGAACUGAAGGAACACAAACUGGAUGGGAAGCUAAUAGAUCCUAAAAGGGCAAAAGCCCUAAAAGGGAAGGAGCCACCAAAAAAAGUGUUUGUUGGUGGGCUGAGUCCUGAUACUUCCGAAGAGCAGAUUAAAGAGUACUUUGGCGCUUUUGGCGAGAUUGAAAAUAUUGAGCUUCCCAUGGACACAAAGACAAAUGAAAGGAGGGGCUUCUGUUUUAUCACCUACACAGAUGAAGAGCCAGUAAAGAAGUUACUAGAAAGCAGAUACCAUCAAAUUGGUUCAGGCAAGUGUGAGAUCAAAGUAGCACAGCCCAAAGAGGUAUACAGGCAACAGCAGCAGCAGCAGAAAGGAGGAAAAAGCAAUACAGCUGGUGGACGAGGAGGUGGAAGGGGGCGUGGACGGGGGCAGGGACAAAACUGGAAUCAAGGAUUUAAUAACUACUAUGAUCAAGGAUAUGGAAAUUACAAUAGCGCUUAUAGUGAUCAAAGCUACAGUGGCUAUGGAGGAUAUGACUACUCUGGGUACAACUAUCCCAAUUACGGAUAUGGGCCAGGAUACACAGAUUAUAGCGGUCAACAAAGCACAUACGGAAAGGCAUCCCGUGGUGGCGGCAAUCACCAAAACAACUACCAGCCGUACUAAAGCAGUACCUAGUACUUGAGGAAACAGGUGUGUACAUGAGUGCAAGGUCCACUCUGAGUAUGUCUAAUCUAAUUUAAAGAUCAAUAGACAAAUGAAGAGUAAAAACUUGCGUAGCAUGACUUUUCCUUUUAAUUAAGCUUUUGUUAACUUAAAAAAAUACUUUUUUUUAAAACCAGCUUUGCCUACAGUGUCUAUAGAUCUUUAACUUUGUUAAAAUGUGACUUUAUCUUCUUUAGUACUUCAGAAAAACAUAAGAGUUUUUCUGUUUUGCGUUGUGUACCAGGUGGUCUAGAGGAAUAAUUAAACUUAUUAGAAGUAUUAACAGGUAAAGUACUGAAAUGGGUACAACUUAAGGAAAACAAGAAUGUUGUCUUCUAACUCUGACAUUAUACCUUGUUUGUACCCGCCAGCGGGAACUUCAUUGCAGGCCGUGUGUCACCCUGACCACGUCUAUCUCUGGGGUCGCACGUUGCAGGCAGAGCGCAAGGCAUACACCAGAAAACGCUGUCCUGUGGUAUGGUCUCUUCCAACUUCAUGUACCAGCGUAAAGAUUAAAGUGGAAAACUUCAGACUUUGGCUUCUUUUUUUAAUCUUUUUGGAGAUUUAAGUGUCUUAACUUAAAUGGUUUUUUACAGGAGUUAAAGUACAUAAAUGCCUUUACAGCUUAAUCAUUUGGUCUUCUGUUUAGUGUUGUAUUUCAAUUGUGGAACCUCAUUUUAAGUGUGCAUUCUUUAAGAUUUAAUGCUUGCUUUUUUCUUUUUAUAGCUAAUAGUGAAAUCUGCAAACCAAAACGAACUUUUAAAUCUGGAAAAACAUUAAAGAUCAUAUGCAUGUGCACUGUGUGAACUAAAUCAACCUGACUUCUGUUUGCACAGCAGUCUAGAUGGAUUUAAAAAAAAAUCUGAAACCCUUUUGGCAGUGUUUCCAGUAGAAAUAAACUGAUCCAGAGCCUCAUUAAUAGUCUAAAUUGGAUGUGGUGUUCUGGAACAGCUUCUUAAAUGGGCUGAAUGGCUGUAUUUGGGAAGAUAAAUUAAUGAUGGGUAACAAAACCUCUUGUGUUACCUUAAUAAAUAUGCAUAUGAUCUUUAACAGUGAAGAAAGGAAUAUAUAGAAGACUUAAAGCAGUUCAUGAAAAUGGACCUUUUAACGAUUCUUGUAGUAACUUGCACAGAUCUGACAUACAUUUUGUCUUGAUUUUUUAGGUAGAGAUACUGCAACAAAACCAUCUUGCAGCACAUCGUCAGUGAACGGAGGGUGGUCUUCGUGAGAGGAAAUGACUAUUUUGUAAAAGACUUAGUGUAUGACACAACUGUGUCCAACUGUACAUAGCAGCUGACUAGUUUUCUUUUAUGGUUUUUACUUUCUUUUUGCCAUUCAUGUUAUGACACAAUGUGGACUUGUGUUUAUACGAACUUUAUUUGUAUAAUUUCAUGUUAAAGGAUUCUCUAAUAAACGCUUACCUAAGUGAA